AUGGCCACCGCUUCUUGUCCAAAUGAAGUGCUGCAAGCAUCUGAGGGCAAGACUCGUUUUGUUCGACUGGCAAGAUUGCUGGUAUGUGGAGGAACUACGGUUAUGAGAGAGUUGUUUGAUUAUAUCAUCCCACCAGGAAACCUUGCGGCAGUAUUAUCAAGCUCUCCUGUGAAAAUGAGACUAACAGACAUGAAACGUAAGAGGAUAUUAACUUCUCCUCAGUGGCAAAAACUGUACCCUCCAUCAGGUGCGGGGAUCCAAUCCACAUCCUUCGAUAUCACCUUGCUUUUUAAACUGUUGAGAGAGAAUGCAAUAUCUGGUUUGUCACCGCCGAGUACGGGAUGGGAUAAACUACCAAGCAUCGGUGACUUAACUUUGCCGGCAGAUAUGGCGAGAAUCAAAUACUACCGAAACGGCAUCGYUCAUGGUGAUGAAAAAAUGGAACUCAGUGAACAGGAUUUCAGGGAUUACUGGAACGAGAUCAAAGACGCCUUGGUGCGUAUUGCUGGGUAUUAUGCUACAAGUGGAUCCUCGAAAGUCAGAGACUGGGAGACGGCUAUUGAUGGACUACUGACUGAUCCCCUGACUGAGGAUGACAGAAAGAACGUAGACGAAUUGAAAUCGUGGUACUUGGAUGAAAGAGAGUUGAAAGAAAUGGUGGACCAUAUAAGAUUACUACUUGAAAGUUCAAAAAAUGACAGAAAAGUUUUCAGUGCAAAGUUCGUCGCGAGRACAACAACUUUUGGUGCAUGGCUUGGGGGAAAUAUUUACAUAUUUCAUCGUUUGAAAGACCAUCCAGACCUCCUCAUAGAUUACGUUAAGUAUAUCUUUCCCGCCACUGGUAUUUUGGUUUACAGUGUUGCRUUUGGAUGCAUCAAAAUGACUUUCAAAGCCGAGACCUUAGACKCACUCGAUGAGUUUUGGAGGAGGUACGAAACUGGUCAACUGAAAGACGAUUUCGAGAAAAUACUGAUAACAGAAGAAUUGAAGAAUCUGGCGAAUGGUGAGCGUAUCGAGCUGAGUGUAGACAUAAAUAAAGAAAAAUUAACGGAAAUUCGUAAACUCCUAAUGGAAGAGGAAGCCAGCAAAACAAUAGUGAAAUCUUUUUGUCUUCUACCUCUCAAACCAUCGCAUCAAAUCAUUAACAGGUUAGAUGAAGUAUCAGGAUUGUUAGAGGUGAUAGAACACAAUAAAACUAAUGAGAUCACAACUGCAUAUCUAUCUGGAAAACCUGGCUGUGGGAAAAGUGAAAUGGCAAGGCAAGUUGGAAUGAAAUUCUACACCAGUAUUGAAGACCAAACAGAAGUAAAGUUCGUGUUCACCUUCAAUGCAUCGAGCAUUGAAACUCUGAUCCAUUCAUAUAUUGAAUUUACAAGAAUAUUAGGAUGUCCAAAACAAUCAAUAGCAAUGGUCGUAACAGCAAAAGAUGCGUGUCUGGAAAAGAAGAUAAUGCAGUUAAGAGGUCUUGCAUCACCCAAACUGGAGAAGUAUUCUUCGUGGAUGAUGAUUGUCGAUAACGUGACAGACCUGGAGCUGGUUUCCAAAUAUUUUCCUCACAAGAAAAAGAAUACAAGUGGGAACGGUCAUGUGCUUGUGGCGACUCAAGAUAGUCGAGCCAUGACGCUUGAUUCCAAUUACACUUUCUUUUGUUCAAUUAGCCCUGACAUGAAAACCGUUGAUGCAAUAAAAACACUUAAAGAGAUAUCUACGUUUUCUAAGGAACAAGAGGAAGUAUUUGAAGUGGCGAAAGCGCUUGACUGUCAACCAUUGUCACUUGCGUGCGCUGCAAUUUACAUGCGAAAUGCCUUCAGAACAAAAGAAUCUCCCAUAACUUGGACAACGUUUCUCGAGGAGCAUACUAAGGCAGCCACAAGAACUGAUGUUAAGACCGGCUUAACUUGCCCAGCAUCUAUGAAGGCAGCCGUUAUGAUGGCUUUAGAAAAAGAAAUCAGCGAUAGUAUCUUGAUGCUCGCGUUCCAGUUCUUGUCUGUAAUGGCUCCGGAGCCUAUUUCCCUUGAGUACGUCGUUCAGUAUGUGAAAGCUUGUAAACCUGAUACUAAUGAUCAAGUAGUGGCUGCCAUGGUGCGUUCUUCUUCCCUCGUGCGCAUUCCUGCAGACGGUUCAACAGUAAGUGUACAUCAAGUCAUUCAUGACUGUCUACAAACAGUUAUGUCACAACACAAAGAAAUUAAUAUUGAGUUGCUAGAGUUGCUGAAAAUGUUGAAGGCCUUUCCACUGCUUAGAUCUUACAACACUGAAGACAUCGAACACAUUUUUACAACAAGUUCACUUUUGAUUCAYUUCUUGACAUUUAUAAGAAGACUGGAGCAUUUAGUUGAAAGAUCUUUGAGUAGUGAAAUCUUAUUAAAAAUACCUUCGGAGGACAAGGACACAGCUAACUCCUUAUUCCUAGUCAGUGACAUUAUUUACACUUAUGGUCACUAUAUUGCCUCUGAAAUAUGCAAAGAGAUAUCUGAAACUAUCCAGGAAGGCAUGUCGGAUGAAAAUGAUCCACGUCUAGCUGAGACCAUGAAAAAACUCGGUCUCAUCAACCUUAAGACGAAAAAACAUCAACAAGGCGAGAAGUAUUUGGAAAAGGCAUUGGCUAUCCAAGAAAAAGCAUAUGGUCAUGAUGAUUCACAUUUAGCUACUANUGCUUACAUUGAACUAUCCUUUAUCACAGGUACGAAACUGGUCAACUGA